GGGCCCAGGGGGCGGGGGCAGGCCGACGGACGCGCCGAGAAGAGGCAGUCAAGGGGCCAGAGCCCGAGUGAGAUACGGUCUGAGGUGCUGACCAAGCGCUGGACCAGCAGCCGUCCGGGCACCCUGGCCUGAGCGCACUCGUGCCGCUCUGGGUCCUCCUGGCGGAGACGCAGAAGGCCAGUGAGUGAGCGGAGGAAGGCCAGGAGGGCGCGAGCGCCUUGUGCGCGGAGCAGCGGAGGCUGCCGGGGGCCCGGACGCCAUGUCCAUGGAGGACCCCUUCUUUGUGGUGAAGGGAGAGGUACAGAAAGCAGUCAACACUGCCCAGGGGCUGUUUCAGAGAUGGAUGGAGCUCCUUCAGGACCCUUCCGCAGCAACGAGGGAAGAAAUCGACUGGACCACCAACGAACUGAGAAACAACCUCCGCAGCAUAGAGUGGGAUCUGGAGGACCUUGAUGAAACUAUCAGCAUAGUUGAAGCAAAUCCUAGAAAAUUCAACCUUGAUGCAACUGAAUUAAGUAUAAGAAAAGCCUUCAUUACAAGUACUCGGCAAGUUGUCAGGGACAUGAAGGAUCAGAUGUCAACUUCAUCUGUGCAGGCAUUAGCGGAAAGGAAAAAUAGACAGGCACUGCUUGGUGACAGUGGCAGCCAAAACUGGAGCACUGGAACAACAGAUCAGUAUGGACGCCUUGAUCGAGAGCUGCAGUUAGCCAAUUCCCAUUUCAUUGAGGAGCAGCAGGCACAACAGCAGUUGAUUGUGGAACAGCAGGAUGAGCAGUUGGAGCUGGUCUCUGGCAGCAUUGGGGUGCUGAAGAACAUGUCCCAGCGCAUCGGAGGGGAGCUAGAGGAACAGGCAGUCAUGCUGGAUGAUUUCUCUCAUGAGUUGGAGAGUACUCAGUCUCGUCUGGACAAUGUGAUGAAGAAACUUGCGAAAGUGUCUCACAUGACCAGUGAUCGGCGCCAGUGGUGUGCCAUAGCCAUCCUCUUCGUGGUCCUGUUGGUUGUGCUGAUCCUCUUCCUAGUGCUGUGAUGGCGGCUGCCACUGCAGUUCCUCCUGCCCAGGAACCAAGGGGAGGAGGAGAAACAGCACACUCCAUCAACUCACAUUCCUGUCCAGGAAAUCUGCCCCGUGCAGACUUUUCUCUGUGUGACUCUACAUCUGAGACAGCUCCUCCGUCCAGCACUGGAAGACCACAGGAAGAGGAAGAAGAUGACCACACUCCUGACUAGAUGACAGAAGCCCCUCUACCUGUCCUGUUUGAGGACAGCCAGCUACUGCUUUGCCUUGCUGGACCUUGUUCCCGGAGGAGGGACUGUGUCAUCCCGAAGAAUGAGGAGGCCCACCAGUGUCACCAUUGCUCAUCCUUCCAUCGAGGGCAGCUCUUUCUUCUGCUCAGACCCUUCCCUGCCCAGAUGGGCACUGGUGUCCCAUCGAAAGAAACCCAUUAAGAAUGUGGCUGCUGGGUAUGCUGCAUUUCCCAUUGCUGUAGAAUUUCAUAGUCCCUGAGAGCUGGUUAUUGAUGAGGACAAAAGGUUUAGAAGCAGUUUAUGACAGAAAAUACAGAGUUUCAUUUUUCAGGGAUAAGUUCUGAGAUAAAAUUGCUUUUCCAGGUGCAAUGUGUGUGUGUGUGUGUGUGUGUGUGUGUGUGUGUGUGUGUGUGUGUGUUAGGAAUAACUAAUGGAAACUAGUGAAACACCUAGGGCUGAGGGAUGCUAACAGCUUGUGGCUUGAUAGGAACAGUUGAAAAGGGCAGAGGGACCUGCAUUGAUUGGCACAGCAUAGGGAAGAGGUGAUGAUGUCGCCAGAGCUCAGGACUCCAUGUUGCUGCCCGAGGGAUUCCCCCAGACAUGCAUCUUGCAGUUUUAGAGUGACCUUUAAGUUUGUUGUUAAACAGCACAGCACCAUGCUGGGAUGAACUGGGACCCUGGGUCCUCUUUGACGUUUCUUUAUUCCUGUGGCGCACUAUACACUGGGGUAUGGGUUUGGAGAAGUUAGUACAUUUAUUAUAUUUACAUGGAAACCCUCAUGAUGCAAAAAGGCUAGACCAGCCCCCUGGGCCGGACUUAUCCUGGCAACUUGGUUGUAGAACUUGAUUCUUUUCUUCCUUAAGGUGACAACUUUAUCACCCAUUUAGAUAACUGAGCCAAUCCAAAUUUAAAGUUAAAUGCUUUAAUUGAGCUUAAGUAGCUGAGACUGCUGAGACACUAAAAACUUCAAGUCUCUGAUGACUUUUGCCAUGCCUCAAAUGUGCACAUAUAUAUAGGAUAUUUUUUAUAACCUCCCUCAUAUAUAAUUUGAUAAAGUGGUGGUUGGAUCCAGAGCCAGAACUCGGUGGUGAAGGCUUUCAAUCUCUCUUCACCACCGUUUGCACUUGGAAAGAAUAGCAACAUCUGGAUAGAGCUCAAGCUUUGACUUUCUUGUCUUUUUGUGCAUUCCUCAACGUACUAACUUUUCUGUCUCUUAACAACUUUUUGGUUUUGUUUGUAUUUCUUGUGGUUUUGUUUUGGGAUUUUGUUUUCUUGGCCCCCCCCUGCCCUUUUUAUGAUUUGCAAUGGUGUGCUUGCCUGGCUAACUUUUAAAUUGCACUUUUUAAUAAAUAUCUAACAAUUUUUUAAAGAAGGAUAUUUUAUCUUGUUUAGGAUCAUUGUAGGUAAGGAAAUUUGCCUGCUGAUGAAAGCUAAAAGCAAAUUUAUAAAAUGGAAAGAGGGGUUGACAUCCAUGUUUACAUUCAUCUCUAAUUUUUGAUAUAUUAAACAAGUUAUUUUCAAAUUAGGAAAAAAAUAUGACAAAGGGCUUCAAAGGGAUACUGAAUUACUUAUGUUUUAAGACAAAGUUUUAAAACCUGUUCAAAUAAUCUUCUAUAAAUUUAGACCAGAGAUGAUCCCUUGCAUUAAAAUAUAGUAGAAGUCUUCCACUAAAAAUAAACGCGGCUUUUCCCCCCAAGUACUAUAAUCCAUACUCCACCUUACAAGAAGCAGCUAGCAUCUCAAAGAAUUAUGAGUCCUCCAUUUAAAAGCCAUGUUAUUGUCAUGCUCUUAUCAGAUUGUGUGUCAGGGCUGAUGAGAGCACAGCCUGGUCACUAAUGAAGAUACUCCCAUUAGUUCAAGGAUCAAGUGUUGUGACCCUGACCUUCAUUUUCUUUGAUAUGUUUUGAAUUAUCAUUCUGAUCUCACUGAUAUGAGGCAUUUACUAAACUGACUGCUGUAGACCUGACAAAUAAGCUGAAUAGGGAACCAUUUAGAAAGAUGAAAUCAACUUAAAAUACAGGUGUUCUCUGUAGUGUGCCAUCAUGUUCCUACCUUUGGCUGAUUUAUUCUGGCCUGGUCCUCCUGGGCCCUUGCUGGGCUGUUCCUGCAGAAGGUCCUCUGUUGGGGUUGCAAACUGGCAGCCAGAGAGAACAAGCCAGGGGACCUGCAUUUAUUUUCAAGGACAGAUAUUUCUUUAGUGAUCCAAGGAACUUAAGUGGUCCCUUCAUCCCCACACUGCUUAAGUGCCUCCUGCUGGAAGCUGGGUCUUCUGCACCAAGUUUCCUAUUCAUCAUUUUAAAGAACUGGCAGAAUGUGAUGGGUAACAGAGAAAGAGCUCACUUUAUGUUCACUGGAAGAACAUUUUGCUUAACUGAUCUGGGGAUGGAUAAGAUAGGAAUGAACUAUUGAGAAAGUUUGCCAGAGAGUGAUUCCAAUCGGAAAACCAAAAUACUUUCAGUUCUUAGUCCUAAUUUUUGGUCUUUGUGAGGACUGUGAAAAAUCACAAUUCUGUGCCUGCUCUGGACUGCGUGGCAAAUGGAAUCGAAGUGUGUGAUACAGCGUGUGUGGGUGGUGGCGGGGGGGGUGUUACAUGCGGCUCUUCUACAAUUUUAGAAUUCAUGCCAGAGCUGGAGGGGGUAAAUUUGGUAACUUGCCCAUUAUUCUCUGCUGUUAGCCAGAGUUAGACAGACUGAUGGGUCUGGUAGCCAACAGCUUGGCAACCUCCACUCCUUCUCACCUCGUGCGAUUAAGGGCUGUGAAAAGAAAUCUAGUCUAACCCAACAAAAAUCUGUCUCUGUUAAGUGUUUUACCUUCUGUGAGUAAAGGUGAUGGAGCCAAGAUUUUUCUUUCGGUAAUUUCCCUGGCUAUAAAGUGAGACCAGAGGGACAUCUAUUCCCUGUUACCUUUUUAAAGAAUUCAUAACAUUUGAAGAUCAUGGAAUUGAAUGAUAAAUGUGAGUUGCAUUUCAACUCUGUAGACUGUACUGUUGGGCUUCAUCUAGUACCAUAGGAUGAAUCUGUAAACAAAACAAGACCAGACUGCCCAGAAAGCAUGUUCUAAAAUAUCGAAUCGCACUACCUCUCAUUUCCCUCUCUCUUCCUCUCACUGGCAUUUCUGCCCUCCCAAGUUUACAAGAGUGCAUAUAUUUUUCUUUUGUUUAAAAAGAAUGUUCUUUGGGCUGGGAUUUAGCUCAGUGGUUCUGCCU